AUGCAUUCAACGACAACAACAACAAAUGAUAAUGGGAAAAUGAAGGAAAUCGAUGAAAUGAAAAUUGUUAAACAAUGCUCUGUUCCUUAUCAUCAAACCGAUAAUGAUACUAUUAUCAAUGAAAACAAAGAUGAUGAUAUAAUAUUAUUUGAAAUUUCAUUUCAAAAUUAUGCACUUGUAACAAUUGGUGCACCAAUUUUAGCACUUAUCAUUGAUUUCAUACUUGGUUUUUCAUUGGAUUAUCAACAAAUACUUGAUUAUAAUUGGUCAUGUGGGCCUGUUAAUAUACCAUCAUUUUCACGAAUUAUCAAUUUACCAAAGGAACGAAUCAUUUGGAAUGCUGCAGUAUUAUUUCAUCUUCCAUUACGAUUUCUUCUAAUUUCAAUAAAUUGUAUGUGA